UCGGAAUCAAGAUCGAGCAUGCAAUAAAGAGGAUAUCCGCCCACUCCCGCCCACUAGUCCAAUCCGAGUCUACUCUCCCACACUACGCAUCGUACUCGGACCACCAACCUCCCCGAUCACAAUCGAGCCACUGCAUCGACUAUAUACCCACUACAAGCAACAACAAUACCGGCACAGACCCGAUCGCACGAUCGCAUCACCACCACACCUAACUUUCAUAUCACUACCUCCCAACCAACAACCCCCCCACAGAACAAUAAAUCAAAAUGGGCACCCUCAGCACCUCAGCAAUCAUCGUCAUCGUGAUUGUCGCCUGCUUGGCCCUCGUCUCCUUGGGCGCCGCCCUCUUCAAAACCUACGGCGUCGGACCCGGCGAGAAAGAACGGCCGUAUAACUUCUCCCGCGAGCAGGAAUCCUACAUGCGCUCCGUGCGCUUAAAGAAUCUGGGCUUCUUCCAGCGCGAGUCCAUGAUGGGCUACCCCGGAGGUGGCGGCGGUGGGAGCGGGAAGGGUCUUGCGCCGCCUGUUGUGCGUGAUGUUGAGUCUGGAUAUUCGGAGAAUGAGUCGUCGCAUUACUAGGAUCCGUACGUACCCUCGGGUUUGCGGAUUCGGUCGCUACGCUACGCUGCUAAAAGCGAUUUGUGGAGCGUUUGAAUAUAUGUAUGAAUUGAUGAUUACGGGGUUUUUCCUUUUCCUUUCUUUCUUUUUUUUUUCGCUGUCUAUGCUUGCUUCGGGUGUUUAUAUCUUUCCCUUUAUCAUACCCCACGGGUUGUGAUGUCGAUUUUGAUGGGUUUGUUGUCUUUUUUUUCCCUUUUCCAGCGGUGCUGGGUUGGGCGUUCUUCACGUGUGUAUAUGCUUUCUAGAUUAUACCUGUCUAUCUCUUCUUUUCUUCAUCCCA